UGACAGUUCUUUACUUCUUUGCCAACGCACGCGACUGGCAAUACCACAAUUAUAUGUAGGGAAAAAUGGCGACUUUACUACCUCGUUCUUUUGGACUUGCAGAAACUAUAUUUAUUAAAAAUGGAACAAAGCUAUUGGCAUCGUCAGCAUCCAACAACCUACCAAUCAAGCAGCAAGUUAGAAACCUGAAUGUUCAUGAGUAUGUGAGUUACACAUUGCUGAGAGAUCAUGGCAUUCCUGUGCCUAAAUUUAACAUUGCUAAGACCAAGGACGAGGCAGUCAAGUACGCCCAAGAACUUAAUACCAAAGAUAUUGUAUUAAAAGCGCAGGUCCUUGCUGGAGGUAGAGGAAAGGGUGCAUUUAAAAAUGGCCUGCAAGGUGGUGUGCGAAUGGUUGACAAACCUGAAGUAGCUGGAGAUAUUGUGGGUAAAAUGCUUCAGCAGUAUUUGGUGACAAAACAAACAGGAGCAGCGGGGAGGAUCUGUAACAUGGUGAUGGUCACGGAGAGGAAGUUUCCCCGAAGGGAGUUUUACGUUGCUAUAAUGAUGGAGCGUAGUUUCAAUGGUCCUGUUAUCAUAGCAUCGUCCCAAGGUGGUGUAAACAUUGAGGAUGUGGCUGCCGAGAACCCAGAUGCGAUCACCUAUGAGCCAAUUGACAUUGUCACUGGUAUUACCGAUGAGCAAGUCGCACGUGUAGUUGAAAAGAUUGGCCUACAAGAACGUUCCAGUGAAGCCUGUGAUAUGAUUAAGAAAAUGUAUGACUUGUUCUUAAAGAAAGAUGCUCUGUUGAUUGAAGUUAAUCCCUACGCCGAAGAUGCUCUUACUGGGCAAUUCUUCUGCUUGGACGCAAAAUUCCGAUUUGACGACAACGCCCAGUUCAGACAAAAGGAACUGUUUCAAUUGAGGGAUACCACUCAAGAAGAUGCUAAAGAAAUUGAAGCUGCCAAGUUUGACCUCAACUACAUUGCACUUGAUGGAAACAUCGGGUGUAUGGUAAACGGUGCAGGGCUGGCAAUGGCCACCAUGGAUAUCAUCAAGCUGUAUGGAGGGGACCCUGCCAACUUUCUUGAUGUUGGAGGCGGAGCCACUGCACAAGCUGUAGCGGAAGCCUUCAAGAUUAUCUUAUCAGACCCGAAAGUGACAGCUAUUUUGGUGAACAUCUUCGGAGGUAUCAUGCGCUGUGACGUCAUCGCAGAGGGUAUUAUAAACGCCGCUAAAAAUCUAAACAUUCAAAUUCCUGUGAUUGUCCGUCUUCAGGGUACAAAAGUGAACGAAGCGAGAAAACUGAUCGCAGAUUCCGGACUGCGUAUCGUGCCCCGCGACGACUUAGACGAGGCGGCCAAGCUCGUGGUCCAGCUCUCCGAGAUUGUUGCGCUCGCCAAGCAAGCUGGCGUCGGGGUAAAGUUCGACAUACCCAAAUAUAUGCUCGAGAAGUAAACAGUAUUGUCGCCGUAGUUGGUGAAUCUACUCUAACUGCGUUGGUGCACAGAUUAUGGUCUAAAAAAUAAUUCUUAAACAGUGAGUGAUGUUACUUUAUAAUUGAAUGAAUUGAAAGAAAUGCAAUAUAAAAUAUUCCUACACGUAUCGUGCUACACAUAAAAUAUAUAUAAUAUUAAAUUAUAAUAAAAUAUUAUUAAAUUAUUCAUAAAACAAUGAGGUACUUAUUUCCCAUUUAUACUAUAUUUUACUAGAAUGUUCAUAGGAUAAUCUGUGCACUAAUUACUGUAAUAGAAAGUAGACCUAUUUAAAUACAUCCUAUUAAUCUCAUAUUUAAACUUUCUUCGAAUAAUAUUACCGAACAAGUUUGUUCUGAAUAAAUUAGUCACAUCUUAUUAGCGUUAUAAUAACUUUGAAUUACGUGAGCUGUGUUAUUUAUUCAUAUUAGAUUGACAUGUAGAUAGUAGAAACACAACUGUUUCAUUUAUUUUUUUAAUUUAUAUAUUUAUUACAUAUUUUAUUGUAUUAAAGUUAAUUCAACCUUGAGCAUAUUAAGUUUCCGUUAUCGUUAUAAUAAAAAUAGUUACACUUAGAAAACAAGUGCAGUAUAUUUUUUUAAAUGUAGUUAAUUUAUUAAAAUGUCAAACAAUUGUAAUUUAAAAACACAUUUUUUUCUUAGCAAACUUGCAUAUUUUCACAAUUUUAUUUAUUGAUUUCAUUAGACUAAGUAAUCACUCUCAUUAUUGAGCUUAUUGUUGUAAUCGUAUCUGCUGACAUUAAUCAUACAUUAUUUUGAUUAAUUUAUAUUUUUCGAAACUUAUUUAGCAUUCUUAAACGUUGAUAGUAUUGUUGUUACCCUCUAUUGUAAGUUAUUAACCUUUAAUAAAAAUGACAUUUACUUUAUGAAUGUAGUUUUAUCUGUAAAAUACUGAAUCAUUAAUUUAUAGGACCCUUCAUUUAGUGUGUCCUCGAACGUGUAUCAGCGCAAUAAUCGUGUAUUAGUAUAAUAUGUUCUACAUAUUGUGUUCCUUUGUAUAUAGUGAACUGACAUCUAAGUUCAUGUAUGUAUUUGUCAAUGGGUAUUCUUAAAAUUAAAGUACAAUAAGUUAAUAUUUUGAUUUAUCCAAGUGAUAUUAUUUUUUGUCUGUUAACAGUGGUUACACAGUAAAUAAAAUUUUAUUUGGAUCAUAGAA